AUGAGAACAAUGAAGUUUGUGGAGAAGUUCUUUAAAAAGGGAUCUAAGAUUAGAUAUAAAGACGUGAAAGCGAAGCUACUUAAAAUGGAAGCUGGCAGAGAUAAGUUGAACAUGGUGGUCCUGUUCUUUUUGUCAAGCAUUAUUAAAGGCUUGGUCAAGACUGGUAGAUAUGCUCCUUCUGUGGACCCAUUCCUACUGAGAGCCGUCAGUGAUCUUGAGUUAUGCCGGACAUUUCCUUGGGGGAGAUUGUCAUUUGAUCAUAUGCUUCAACAGAUCACUCACACAAUGAGUCAUUUUGGAGGGUUUGUUAAGGAGGGUGAGAAGAGUCCAAUAUUAUGGCCGAUAGGUGGUUUCUGCAUUCCUUUGGAGCUCUUACCUGUUGAGCCAAUUGCAGCAUUGGGGUUGAAGUUCCGAAAACCUGUUGCCGGUGCACAUGAAAAUUGUCCUAGGAUGUGCAGAUCAAAGUUCAAAUCAUGCGAGAUGAAAGGGUUUUCGUUAGAACAAAUAAAUGCCGAACUUCGUACAACUAAAUAUAUUGAGAGUAUACUGAUUCCAUCCCGCACCGAGAAAGCUCUCCUGCGCGAAAUCACUGAGAAGAAAGAAGAUGAUAAGCAUUGCGUCGUUGUCCAAAGUUGGAUGGAUCGUCUUGGUGAAGGAUUUACCGUAUUCUUUGAGAAUAUGUUCAAAGAAGAUGUAGAUGCCAAGGUUAGAGAAGUACCUGCGAAUGUGGCGGUCGAAGAUGUUGACCCCAUUGAACCACCGGUGAACGGCCCAAUCUGCAUCAUUGGUAGAUCUCAUGGACCGCAUGAAGAAAGAAAUGGAUGA